AUGUCAGCAAUGAAUAACACAUCAGCAAAUAAUAACAGCGAAGAGUACAAGUCUACAUCAUCCAUGGAUUUUCCAUCCAAACCUGAAGCCAUCGUUUGGUGCAGUGUUUUCAUAUUGGCAGCAAUUUUGAUAGUCGUAGGAAACCUACUCACCAUCGUUCUUUUUGUUGUUAACCAGAGGCUUCGAAAGAAAAGUUUGUUUCUCGUCAUCAAUAUGGCCGUUGCCGAUCUGAUGUUAGGGGCUGUGACUCUGCCUUUGUACAUUUACUGGGUUGGAAAACACCAUUAUCAGCUUUGGUCAGGAAGAAUGAGCCAGCUUUUUUUCUACUGCUAUACCAUCGCUGAUAACAUCUCGAUGGUAUCAUCAUUAAUAACUGCGACCUUUAUGUCAUGCGAGAGGUUUUACGCCAUAUACCGACCGUUUAGACACCGAACGCUAUCUGUGCGGGCAUACUGCAUAGUUAUUAUAGUAGUGUGGACACUAGCCUCCUUGGAUACCAUAUUUUUAAUAGCUAAUUUGAGUAAAUAUUAUUCUCUCGUUUGGUUGUCAAUUUGCAUUGUUUCAAUUAUCCUCAUUUGUGGUUGUAACAUCGCCAUAAGGAGAAAGUUUCAAGAAAGAAUUGUCGCAAGCUCGCUUCAGCAAACCAGAGACUUACAAAGUAAACGCUUGACAAAGACUUUGCUGUUUGUUUCUGUCCUUGCUUUGUUUUGCUGGCUACCUUUUGCUUCUGUUUUCAGUUUAAACGUUCUACUCGAUCUUCACGAUGUAAUACCGUGGAGGUGUUUUGUAGCUAUCAGCUUUGUUAAUGUUUCCAACGCAUUUGUAAAUCCAGUUGUGUAUGCUUAUAGAGUACCUGAGUUUCGACAGGCGUUAGCUCGGUGCUGUAAGAUAAGGCGAAUUGUGAACACUGAAGAC